AUGUCCUGGGUACAAGCUGCAGUCAGACGAUCCAGUGAGGAUAUAUUUGAUGAAGAUGCAGAUGAGAUGUAUCUACUACAGAAAGAAUGGAACACUACAAUGAAAAAAAGAUUGAAGGAAGGCUAUAGGGAUGGAAUUGAGGCUGGGAAAGAACUUGCACUCCAGGAAGGCUUCAAUCAAGGUUACAGACAUGGUGCUGAGCUGAUGGUUACCUGUGGCCAGUUCAGAGGAACCCUGAAUGCUCUCUUAUCCUGGUGUCAUCUUAAUGGACAUGAUGCUGCCUUAAGUAAGUUAAAUAAUCUUCUCGAUGUGAUUGGAAAGCAUGAAGAAGAUGUGCUUAAGUAUCUGAAUACUGUUGAACAACAGCCACAUCUUGGACACAUUUUAGAUUCUGUUCAAGACAUGGACCUUAAUCACACAGCUCCAGCUGGGACAAAGUACGAUGAAGUUAAAGCUGGAAAAGACGAAGAUGUGGGCAGCUCUGGUGAAAACAUUUGCAUAAGUAAUGGUGAGGUUGGUUCCUUGCACUCUGAGUGCAGCAGGGCAAAACUCUGCACAGAUCCUGAAAGGUCAACCCUUUCUCAGGUUAAAAAGCAGACUAUUUGGCUAGUAGAGCAACUGGGCUUAUCACUGGAUAUACUCCAUCAUGUCCAGCAACUGCAACAUUAG